GAAAUAAGCAUCAUCCGUAAGAAAAGCGCUAUUCUCUCGGGCUUAGCUGCCUUAGAAUAUACUUCAGUACCAAUCCUGCUGUCUGUUAUUACUCUGAUGCUUACUGGUCAAUCCCUAACACCAGUCAAUGUUUUUAUGCUCUUAAUGUUUACUAACUUGCUAAGAUCUAACAUUUGCCUUGAAAUCGCGUAUGGUGUGGUGGAGACACGGGAAUCAUUUGCAUCACUCGGAAGAAUAGAAGAUUUUCUUAUUUCAGAGGAUUUGUUUUCCAUCUCUGAGGAUCAUUGUCUACAUGACAGAGGAACAGUUGCAGAGAGAAAGUCGGGCAAGUUACAGAACGAUUUUACAUCUAUGAGCCAGUCGCAUGUAUCAGAUGAAGAUCCCCUUGCUGAUCAGUGGAUAAACCCUUCUAAGCCAGGAAAUGUAUGUGUGUCGCAUUUAACAUAUAAAGAAGUGGCGAGGAAAGAUGAAUUUAUUCUUCAAGAUGUGGACUUUGUUGCUGCGUCAGGAAGCUUGACAGUUGUCACCGGACCAGUAGGCAGCGGUAAAUCAACUCUCCUCUCAGCGAUCGCGGGCGAGAUGUCAGACGUAAGCGGAGCAAUAAGUCGUCAAGGAAUAUUUGUGUAUGUACCGCAAAUAGCCUGGGUGUUCUCUGGAACCUUAAGAGAAAAUAUUUUAUUUGGAGAGUCGUACGAUGAUCCAAGAUACACCAGAAUAAUUGAGGCAUGCGCUCUCACAGAAGACUUUCAGCGGUUUCCGAACGGUGACCAAACCAUUGUUGGUGAGCGCGGUGUCGUUCUGAGUGGUGGUCAGCGUGCAAGAGUAAGCUUAGCACGCGCAGUGUACGUGGAUGCAGACCUUUACUUGUUGGAUGACCCUCUCAGCGCGGUGGACUUCAAAGUUGGUCGGCAUAUCUUCGAAAAGUGUAUUAAGGGCUUGCUUAGCGAGAAGACCCGCCUGUUAACUUCUCAUCAAGAACGACACAUGAAAGAUGCAGAUCAAGUGAUUGUACUGCACAACGGUCGCGUUCUGGGGAAGGGAACCUUCGCUGAGCUUCAAGGAAAAGGCAUCUUAAAUACCACCAUCGACCCACUUUACAAGAAUGCUUCGAUAGAGAACAAGUCUAAUGACAUGGUCACCGCUAGGGAGGAUGAAGAGAGACGCGGAGAUUUGAAGCCAUUCACAAAUAAAGACAAUGAACUGGAAAUAUCUGUUGAAGAUCGGCAGAACAAGAUCGUCAUCUUGGAUGAACCCACUGCACACGUGGAUCCAGGCACAGAAGAAAUAAUCUGGAGAGUGGUGCGAGAGAAACUGAAAGACUCCACAAACGGUGACCAAACCGUUGUUGGUGAGCGCGGUGCCGUUCUGAGUGGUGGUCCGCGUGCAAGAGUAAGCUUAGCACACGCAGUGUACGUGGAUGCAGACCUUUACUUGUUGGAUGACCCUCUCAGCGCGGUGGACUUCAAAGUUGGUCGGCAUAUCUUUGAAAAGUGUAUCAAGGGCUUGCUUGGUGAGAAGACCCGCCUGUUAAAUUCUCAUCAAGAACAACACAUGAAAGAUGCAGACCUAGUGAUUGUACUGCACAAAGGUCGCGUUCUGGGGAUGGGAACCUUCGCUAAGCUUCAGAGAAAAGGCAUCUUAAAUAGCACCAUCGACCCACUUUACAAGAAUGCUUUGACAGUGAACAAGUCCAAUAACAUGGUCACCGCAACGGAGGAUGAAGAGAGACGCGGAGAUUUGAAGCCACUUAGAAAUAAAGACAAUGAACCGGAAAUAUCUGUUGAAGAUCAGGCAAUCGGAACGGUGUCAAGUAAGCUUUAUUGGGACUACUUCAGAAGUGGUAUUCACUCCUUUUUCAUCAUUGGAAUGAUUUGCUUGUGUCUCAUUUCUCAAGCAUUGAUAGUUGGCCCUGACGUGUGGCUGUCCUUUUUGACCGGGAAACUUCCAUCAGAACAGAAACACAAGACAAAUCUAACUAUCUACGGUGGUUUGGUCGCUGCCUCCCUCAUAUUAAGCAUCAUCAGGGCCUACAUUUUCUUUUUGGUUUGUCUAAGAAGUUCUGAGCGGCUUCAUGACAAAAUGGUUAUGGCUCUUUUAAAAGCGCCGGUUCUUUUUUUCGAUUCAAAUCCCGUGGGUAGAAUCCUGAAUCGAUUUUCUAAAGAUGUGGGUAGCAUGGAUGAGUUAUUACUAUUACAGUUUCUAUCAACAAUUCAGUUGGUAUUGCUGUUGUUCUCAUCAGUGAUCGUUCCUUCUGCUACAAAUCCUUGGGUUUUGUUUGUCACCGUUCCGGUGACGGCCAUGACUCUUUACUUUGUAAGAUUUUACUUGAAGAGUUCCAGAGAACUAAAAAGGUUGGAGUCAAUAUGUCGAAGUCCAGUCUUCUCUCAUAUAUCAGAGACUCUUGAUGGACUGGAGACGAGUCGAACAAGAGGCAGACAGAGAGAUUUUAUGCACAAGUUUUACAACUACCAAGACACUCAUACCCAGUCUUUUGUCAUGGUAACGGCGAGUGGCAGAUGGUUCGGUGUUCGUCUGGAUGCAAUCAUUUCUCUUUUAAUAGGCUUAGUCGUCUUAGUGGCAGUUUUAGUAUCUCAAGACGCCGCUUCGGCUGGUUUUUCUCUCGCUUACCUCAUUCAAACAGUGGCCAUGACGCAAUACACUGUCAGAAAAUCAACAGACGUCGAGAAUUUUAUGACGUCAGUUGAACGAGUUAUGACCUACACCAAGCUUGACUCUGAGCCUGGAUACAAAGUAGACACACUUCCCCCGGAACACUGGCCACGCGAAGGAAACAACAUUCCGCGAAGAAACAUCACAUUCCGCGAUGUGUCGAUGAUGUAUUACCCGGGGGGACCUAAAGCGCUGAGGAACAUCAGUCUUGACAUCAAAGGAGGCUCAAACAUAGGUGUUGCAGGCCGCACGGGUGCCGGUAAAUCAUCUUUUGCAGCAGCUCUUUUACGCAUGCCCGACACUGACGGAGAUAUUCUCGUGGAUGGCUAG